AAUGCCCAUUGUUCGUUAAGAAGGAAAGAAAGAGCAGGCGAAACUCAAUUCUCAUCACAGAAAGGGAAAAUAUCAAAGAACCAUGUCGACGACGACGACGACGCUGGCUCUGCUAUCACCGGCGGCCGGCACCAGAACCGCCGCGGCAAUCUCCAGCCGCCCCAGCACUUGCCUAUUCUUUUCACCUCCUUCCUCCUCUUCUUCCGUAGACACCUUGACCGCCGCUCUCACCCGGAGAAGGUGGAGGAUUCGCUGCGAGGUCGCACUGAAGCCGUCCGACUCCGAGGCGUCGACCUCGCCGUCUUCCGCGGAGGAGGACGAGUUCUCAUCGAGGAUUGGGGCGAGGGUGAGGGUGACAGCGCCGGUGAAGGUGUACCACGUGCCCCGCGUCCCGGAGGUGGACUUGACCGGGAUGGAGGGCGUGCUGAAGCAGAACGUCGCCAUCUGGAAGGGUAAGCGCGUGUCGGCUAACCUCCCCUUGAAGGUCGAGUUCGUCAAGGACAUUGAAGGGCGUGGCCCUGUCAAGUUCUUUGCUCACCUGAAGGAGGAUGAGUUCGAGUUCAUCUGAUUUUUGGCUGCGAUUGCUGUGAAUUUGAACUGAGAAGAUUUGGGGGUAAAUAUGUACGAAGUGCCCCCAAAGUGAGAUGCUUGUUUGUAUGUAUCGCAGUUCUUCUUCACUUCGAUAGCUCACUGUAAUCUGCCAUUAAUAUCGAUGCUAAGUGCUCAUUUUUCUUAGUAUUGGGCGUGUUUCUUCUCAUACGUUCAGCUGAUAAAUGCAAAGUACUUGCUUUCAUUAUCUGUUCGCAUCGUUAGCUGUGCUAACUGUGAUCGAGUAAGUAAUUUGGCAUCGAA